AUAAAACAUGGAACAUCCCCAUCUGACAUUUGCCAUUCUGGCCUCUACCCCAAAUCGACUACUAUACAUAACCAACAUAUAAGAUGGCAUCCCACCUCACCAAAUCAACCCUCCACUCUAUAACCCGCACAGCCCUGAACACCACCAGAUCCAGAGCAAGCACAGGAACCCUCCGACAAAUCCAAUCCAAAAGACGAUUCACAAGCACACCCCUCACCAAAUCCCCAGAAAAGAUGUCAACUUCAUCCCUAAUCUCUCUAGCCCAGAACAGGCGCACGAUUUACAAACUAGGCAAAGCCAGCCCAGUCAAAGAUGCAGACUCCAAGAUCGAGGAAUUGGUCAAUGAAGCCAUCCUCCACGUCCCCAGUUCUUUCAACACCCAGUCUACGCGGCUAGUCGUCCUCCUGCAUGGUGAGCAUGACAAACUGUGGGAUAUUGCCAUUGAGGCCUUUGGCGGGCUGGUUAAGUCUGGGAAGGUUUCUCAGGAGAUGUGGGAGAAUCAGACUUUGCCUAAACUGAAGGGGUUCCAGGCUGCUUAUGGCACGGUCCUCUUCUUCGAAGAUCCAGCCCAUAUCAAACCCUUCCAAGAGAAAUUUCCUCCCUUCAAGGAUUAUUUCGCGUCGUGGGCUGAUCAUUCUAAUGCUAUGCAUCAGUAUUUCCUCUGGACCGGCCUCGAAGCCCUAGGCUUCGGCGCAAACCUGCAACACUAUAACCCUCUCAUCGAUGCAGGUGUGGCCAAGCAGUGGAAUCUGCCUAGUGAGUGGCGGCUUGUUGCGCAGAUGGUCUUUGGGAGUCCUGAGGCUGGCCCUGGGGAGAAGGAGCAGAAGCCUGUUGAGGACCGGGUUAAGAUUUUUGGGAAGUUGUAGAUUUUUGCAUGGUAG